AUGAGAAACAUAGUUAUAUUUAGAAGUGUCUGGAGAUGGAUUGCGAUGGCAAUUCCAAAAACAAAAAUAGAGAACAAGAAUAGGAUUAUUGAAGCUUUGCCGAUUUUUUGUACUCUAAUGGCAUUGUCACCGGCCCACAUUACAAGUCUGACUUCUUCAAGAAAAUCUAGGUAUUUAACAUCUGAGUCUGUAUCCAGCUAA